AUGACUGGAGAUAAAAGUCACGGUAUGACUGGAGAUAAAAGUCACGGUAUGACUGGAGAUAAAAGUCGUGAUAUGACUAGAGAUAAAAGUCACGAUAUGACUGGAGAUAAAAGUCACGGUAUGACUAGAGAUAAAAGUCACGGUAUGACUGGAGAUAAAAGUCACGGUAUGACUGGAGAUAAAAGUCACGGUAUGACUGGAGAUAAAAGUCACGGUAUGACUGGAGAUAAAAGUCACGGUAUGACUGGAGAUAAAAGUCACGGUAUGACUGGAGAUAAAAGUCGUGAUAUGACUGGAGAUAAAAGUCGUGAUUUGACUAGAGAUAAAAGUCACGGUAUGACUGGAGAUAAAAGUCACGAUAUGACUGGAGAUAAAAGUCGUGAUAUGACUGGAGAUAAAAGUCACGGUAUGACUGGAGAUAAAAGUCACGGUAUGACUGGAGAUAAAAGUCGUGAUAUGACUGGAGAUAAAAGUCGUGAUAUGACUGGAGAUAAAAGUCACGGUAUGACUGGAGAUAAAAGUCACGGUAUGACUGGAGAUAAAAGUCGUGAUAUGACUGGAGAUAAAAGUCGUGAUUUGACUAGAGAUAAAAGUCACGGUAUGACUGGAGAUAAAAGUCACGAUAUGACUGGAGAUAAAAGUCGUGAUAUGACUGGAGAUAAAAGUCACGAUAUGACUGGAGAUAAAAGUCACGAUAUAACUAGAGAUAAAAGUCGUGGUAUGACUGGAGAUAAAAGUCGUGAUAUGACUGGAGAUAAAAGUCGUGAUAUGACUGGAGAUAAAAGUCGUGAUAUGACUGGAGAUAGAAGUCACGAUAUGACUGGAGAUAAAAGUCGUGAUAUGACUGGAGAUAAAAGUCGUGAUAUGACUGGAGAUAAAAGUCGUGAUAUGACUAGAGAUAAAAGUCGUGGUAUGACUGGAGAUAGAAGUCACGAUAUGACUGGAGAUAAAAGUCGUGAUAUGACUGGAGAUAAAAGUCACGGUAUGACUGGAGAUAAAAGUCGUGAUAUGACUGGAGAUAAAAGUCGUGAUAUGACUGGAGAUAAAAGUCACGAUAUGACUGGAGAUAAAAGUCGUGAUAUGACUGGAGAUAAAAGUCGUGAUAUGACUAGAGAUAAAAGUCGUGGUAUGACUGGAGAUAAAAGUCGUGAUAUGACUGGAGAUAAAAGUCACGAUAUGACUGGAGAUAAAAGUCGUGAUAUGACUGGAGAUAAAAGUCACGAUAUGACUGGAGAUAAAAGUCGUGAUAUGACUGGAGAUAAAAGUCACGGUAUGACUGGAGAUAAAAGUCGUGAUAAGACUGGAGAUAAAAGUCGUGAUAUGACUGGAGAUAGAAGUCACGAUAUGACUGGAGAUAAAAGUCGCGAUAUGACUGGAGAUAAAAGUCGUGGUAUGACUAGAGAUAAAAGUCACGAUAUGACUGGAGAUAAAAGUCACGGUAUGACUGGAGAUAAAAGUCACGAUAUGACUGGAGAUAAAAGUCGUGAUAUGACUGGAGAUAAAAGUCGUGAUAUGACUGGAGAUAAAAGUCACGGUAUGACUGGAGAUAAAAGUCACGGUAUGACUGGAGAUAAAAGUCGUGAUAUGACUGGAGAUAAAAGUCGUGGUAUGACUGGAGAUAAAAGUCACGGUAUGACUGGAGAUAAAAGUCGUGGUAUGACUGGAGAUAAAAGUCACGAUAUGACUGGAGAUAAAAGUCACGGUAUGACUGGAGAUAAAAGUCGUGAUAUGACUGGAGAUAAAAGUCACGAUAUGACUGGAGAUAAAAGUCGUGAUAUGACUGGAGAUAAAAGUCGUGAUAUGACUGGAGAUAAAAGUCGUGGUAUGACUGGAGAUAAAAGUCGUGGUAUGACUGGAGAUAAAAGUCGUGAUAUGACUGGAGAUAAAAGUCACGGUAUGACUAGAGAUAAAAGUCACGGUAUGACUGGAGAUAAAAGUCACGGUAUGACUAGAGAUAAAAGUCACGGUAUGACUGGAGAUAAAAGUCGUGGUAUGACUGGAGAUAAAAGUCACGGUAUGACUGGAGAUAAAAGUCGUGAUAUGACUGGAGAUAGAAGUCACGAUAUGACUGGAGAUAAAAGUCGCGAUAUGACUGGAGAUAAAAGUCGUGGUAUGACUGGAGAUAAAAGUCACGGUAUGACUGGAGAUAAAAGUCGUGGUAUGACUAGAGAUAAAAGUCGUGGUAUGACUGGAGAUAGAAGUCACGAUAUGACUGGAGAUAAAAGUCGUGAUAUGACUGGAGAUAAAAGUCACGGUAUGACUGGAGAUAAAAGUCGUGAUAUGACUGGAGAUAAAAGUCGUGAUAUGACUGGAGAUAAAAGUCACGAUAUGACUGGAGAUAAAAGUCACGGUAUGACUGGAGAUAAAAGUCGUGAUAUGACUGGAGAUAAAAGUCGUGAUAUAACUAGAGAUAAAAGUCGUGAUAUGACUGGAGAUAAAAGUCACGAUAUGACUGGAGAUAAAAGUCGUGAUAUGACUGGAGAUAAAAGUCACGGUAUGACUGGAGAUAAAAGUCGUGAUAUGACUGGAGAUAAAAGUCGUGAUAUGACUGGAGAUAAAAGUCACGAUAUGACUGGAGAUAAAAGUCACGGUAUGACUGGAGAUAAAAGUCGUGAUAUGACUGGAGAUAAAAGUCGUGAUAUAACUAGAGAUAAAAGUCGUGAUAUGACUGGAGAUAAAAGUCACGGUAUGACUGGAGAUAAAAGUCUCGAUAUGACUGGAGAUAAAAGUCACGGUAUGACUGGAGAUAAAAGUCACGAUGUGGAGAAAACUAAGUUAUCAGCCGAAGAAAAAUUAAGAAAACAAUUUUCCAAGUUUCCCGAAGAAUUCCAAAUAAAGUUGCAAAAGUUUCCUACCUUCCACAGGUGCGGGUCCCUCAGCCAUAUCGAACACGGAAAAGUGAAACCAGCAACAGGUAAAAGUCCUAACACCAACAGGUGCGUCCAAGUUUAUCAACAGUUGGAUGCUCUUAUAAGUAUGUUUAAAGCCAGUGUAGACCUGGUUCAGACUAGCCGCAAUAUUCCGCUCAGCUAG